UCUGACUGCGAAGACACACCCCCAGUCUGCAUCAUUAGUAGCUGAUAUAAGCCCUUGGGUUUCCCUUUAUCUGAAAAUUCGCAAGAUAGACUAGCCAGCCUCUGCAGACCUCCUGCUGAAACGCUGCAGAACUGUGGCCUUAUUCACAGCAGCCAUGAGUGAAAUUCCUAAGGACUCCUUGAAGGCCGUUUUGUUAGAGUUAGAGUGCCACUUUACAUGGAAUUUACUUAAGGAAGACAUCGAUCUGCUUAAUGUAGAAGAUUCAAUUAUACUACAGCUUGAAUUUCUUACCACAGAAUCCAGACUUACUUUUAGUAAUUUGUUGGCCUAUGUGAAAUACCUGAAAGGUCAACAUGAAGAUGCUCUAAAGUGCUUGGAACAAGCAGAAGAAGUAAUCCAGAGGGAGCACUCAGACAAGAGGGAAGUUCGAAGUCUGGUCACGUGGGGAAACUAUGCCUGGAUGUUUUAUCACAUGGGCGAGCUUGAAAAAGCUCGGAAGUUUGUGGACAAGGUAAGGCUUGCCUGUGAGAAAUGGUCCACUUCUUCUAAGUACAAGUUGGAGCUUCCUGAGAUUGACUGUGAGAAAGGAUGGGCAUUCUUGAAAUUUGGAGGAAAGUAUUACCACAAGGCUAAAGCAGCUUUUAAGAAAGCUCUGGAAGUGGAACCUGACAACCCGGAAUUUAACAUCGGCUAUGCCAUCACAGUGUAUCGGCUGGAUGAUAUUGACAAAGAAGGACCUAGUAAGAGCUUUUCCCUGAGACCUCUGAGGAAGGCUGUUACCUUGAACCCGAAUGAUACCUACGUUAAGGCUUUGCUGGCACUCAAGCUUCAAGAUGUAAAUGCAGGAGAUGAAGGAGAAAAGUAUAUUGAAGAAAUCCUAGACCAGAUGCCAUGCCACCCUCAUGUCCUCCGUGAUGCAGCCAAAUUCUAUAGGAGAAAACAUUGCUAUGGCAAAGCUUUUAAACUUCUAGAGAAAGCCUUGCAGAUGACACCAAAUUGUGCUUUCCUGCAUCACCAAAUGGGACUUUGCUACAAGGCACAAAUGAUUCGAAUCAAGAAGAUGAUACGCAAAAGACCUGAAGGACAAGAUAAAGAGAAGAUCAAUCAGUUGAUUGCAUCUGCUAUAUCUCAUUUCAAAGCAGCUGUGGAAAAAGACUCUAUGUUUACAUUUGCUUACCUGGGCCUCGCCCAAAUGUAUGUGGAGGGAAACCAGAAUCACAAUGCUGAAGACAUUUUCCAGAAAGCCCUUCAUCUGGAGAACAUAAUUGAUAUUCACAAACAUGAGGUCCAUUACCAGUAUGGCCGCUUUCAGGAAUUUCACUGUAAAUCAGAGAGUACUGCCAUCCACCAUUAUGUAGAAGCUUUAAAGUUCACAGAUAAGUCAUCCUUACAUACCAAACUGAUAGGUAUUCUGGAAAAAUUGGCUACCAAGAGACUCUCUCUUAAUGCUUUUGAUGUGCAGAGUUUAAGUGCUCUGGGAUUUAUUUGUAAGCUGGAGGGAAAAAAGAGGCAAGCUAUUGAGUACUAUGAGAGAGCCCAAGAGAUAGAGCCUGAAAAUGAAGAGUUCCUUACUGCUCUCCGUGAGCUUCAACUUUCUAUCUAAAUAUAUACUCUAGGAAAUUAGUUCUCAGUUUUUCCCUUCAUUUUAGGUCCUCAUAUUUUUGUUGUUUUAAUCCAUGGUUCAUUACAAACCCAAUAUUUCUCAAUAGUUAUUGUUUAUCAGGUAUCAAGCUGAAUAUUUUUAUACAUUGUGACAAAUAUUUUGCUGUUUGCUCUCUUCUCUUUAGUUAAAAUAUAAUCCAUUGAGAAACAGCAAUCUAGCUGUUGUAAUUUUGAAAAUGGUAUGAUCAGCAUGAGUUUAUACCAUUAUACCUUUUAUCUUGGCUAUUUACAAUAUUUUUCUUAUUAAUUUUUUUCAGAUUUUACAUAUUAUCUAUAAAGUGAAUAUAAUCCUCCAUAAAAUGAUUUAAGCUCUUAACUAUGUAGUUUGCAGAAGAUUCGAAUAUUUCAGUUAUAGCUGUUUUGACUUUGACAAGUAUAUUUAACUGUCAACUUGAUAAUUCACCUAAAGAAUCCUCUUUGUUACACAAAUUAAUAGUAAAAAGCCAUUUCUGGAGUCAAAUUAGGACAGGAGAAAAAAAGAUUUUUCUCAAAUUCUAAAUGAUACAAAACUUAGGCAAUCCAUGAGAAGUCUUCCAAAAUCUUCAUGAAGUAGUUCAAAAUUAUGAAAAAAAGAAUAAUAGGCAUUAACCUUGCUUUACUGUGUUUUUUUACUAGAAAAACCAAUGCUGGCUCUAGAUUAAAUUGUACUCCUUUCAAUUAAAAUUGCAGUAUUUUUAAAAUUACAAUCAUUGAGAUAAAAAGAUUAAGAAGUUGAUGGAAUUUGUGUGUGAAGAUAUGGACAAAUAUUUUGAAGAAAAGAAGAGACAUUAUGAUAGCCACUGUUGAUCUCCUGUUGUCUUGCUUUGAAAUCCUGUGUCACUUGCAUUGCUUUCUUCUGAUCUGCUUUAUUCUGUUCCAUUAUGUUUUGUUUUAUCCUCUUUAAAAUAAAAAAAAGUCGACAGAAUUCAUAAACAGAGUAAAAUCGACGUUCCUAAAUUAUAUCACUAGAUUACCAAGAUUUUUGUAUAUUAGCAUUGGUUCAGUAUUGGGUCCUGACCUCGAUCCCCAAUCUCCCAAACAAGUGUGUGGUAAAGACUUAAAUAAAAUGAGACAAGUGGUAUGAUUUUAGGGCUCCAGAAGGAUCAAUACCCUUUAGCUGAAUUUGAGACACUGAGGGCUAAGACAAAGACUUCUCCAGACAACCCAUUUUUAUUAUUAGGUCCAAAUAAAGAGCGGGGAAAUGAGGAAAGUGUAGCCAAUAAGAAGGACCUAGGGAGUCACUUGAAAGUCUUCUCCAAGUGGUAAAUUAUGCCAAUUUAGGAGAAACAUCUUAUCUCCAGAAUGACAUUUAUGGUAGGAAACUGUAGGACUGAAUCGCUUCAGCUGCACUGUUUAUGUACUUAAUUAGUGCUGGAGCCAAGGUGUCCUCAGCUGUGGCCUCAUCUUGCCCUUUGAGGCAUCUCUGGUCUCACAGGCCACUACAGGCCUCAGCCAGGACCAGUGAUUCAUAGAGGUUCACUUACUAUGAGUCAGCUCCCGUUGCCAGGCAAGGGGCCUUGGCCUCGGUCAGACUUACAGAUAAACAUAGAAAGCCAAUUAGUUAACUUGAAAUUCUGCUCAGUGUCACUUCGGGAGUUCUCUUACCUCUAGUUCCUGACCUUUGACAAACUGCUUUAGUUUUCCAAAGUGACUUCUGUGAAGUUUUUUCUUUUGUCUAUAAAGUUUUCAGUCAGAUUGUCAUUUUUUCCUGUACAUCCUCCAGGAAUAGUUAAGCUUUACUUUUAUUUUAGUUUUAGUAUCUGCCUUGAGGGACCAUUUUUGAGGGCUCUUAUACCAAGGAACUUUUUAAUUCAGGAGGCUGAGGUAUGGCUUCUCUGAUGUGGUAACUUUGACAACAGACCACACAAUUAUAUACUACCACUGUGCUAAUGGAGAAGUGUGCCAUGUGGACUUUAUUCUUCACUUUUGCAUUUUAGUUCUUAAAAUUACUGUGUAUUUUACUUAUUAUUUUUGUCUGAAAACUUUGCAAGGCAUGGUGUUGCAGGCAUGUUAUCCUGCAUCCUAAGAAGCUGAGGCAAGAAGAUGGGAAGCUCAGACCUAGCCUGGGAAACUUGGUGACCAGCAAGGUCCUGUAUCAAAACAAAAAAUAAGAAGUAGACUGGGGAUGUAGCUCAGUGCAAAGGCCCUGAGUUAAAUCCCUUGUACCGCCCAAAAAAUUCAAAUAUGAUUUGGUUUUUAAAAUAAAAAUAAUGAAUUCUCAUUGUAAAACUUCUGUAUACUCAUCCACUCACUCCUCCUUACCCCAGUAUUAUACCCCUAAGGUGAUCUCUUUGAUAUGUAUCCUUCCACAUAUUUUUUCUAUGCAUAUUAGGAUACUAGGAUAUAGGACCUGGCCUAUAUCCCCAAUCUCCCAAACAAGUGUACAGUGAAGGCUUAAAAUAAAUGAGAUAAGAUUGUGAUUUUAGGGCUCCAGGAGGAUCAAAACCCUCUGCAGAGUUUGGAGACUCUGGGGGCUAACACAGGGGAUGUCUCUAAAUAGCCUGUAUUUAUCAUUUUUUUCAAAUAACACUGGAAACUGAACAGACCUUGAGAGUGGUUCAAGGACUGUGCAAGUAAUAAAGUAUGUUAACAAGAACUAUCCUAGGAGAUCUCCAUGUUGCAUUUCACUACAGGAGUGAAAUGCCUGUGGCUACAGUCUUUAUUUAGUUAUUGGAGUUGCAACCCGAUAUCCUCGGCCAUUGCCCCAAUCAUGCAAGAGCCUGUGUUAGGAGAACUCUCAUAAUUUAAAUCCUAUUCAGCCCUUCAAUCUAUCAUAAUAAUCAGUUACCAGUGUAGCCAGCAAUUGUCAGAGGUGUUAGUGAUUUAAUCUUCUUUUAAAGCUAACAUUUUAUUAUGGCAUUGUAUUAGACAUUUUGAAGUUAGACCUUUUGAAGUUAUAUGCCACAGAAAGUUCAAGGCCAAGUUAAGAUGAGACCUGUAUUAAAUACAAUCAGUUUCUUGCCAUCUACUAAGGUCAGUCAGGUCUCCUCAGGAAUUGCCUUGGAAUCAUACAUAGCAUCUCUUGGCUCUACACUCAGUGUUAACCAUCAGGAUGGGUCAAGGCCAUUGCUUGACCAAGUUGCUUUGCAUAAAAACUUGGGAAAUUUUUUCUCCUAGUGGCUCUCCUUAAGCACACCAUUCAUCAAAGAUCACUUUCCUCCGUGGUCUGAUAAUCUUGAUCAAAAUGCCAGGGAUUCAGGGCUGGGGGUUUAGCUCAGCGGCAUAAGCACCUGCCUUGCAAGCAGGCGGUCAUGAGUUCGAUCCCUGGUACCGAUAAAAAUGAGAAAGACAAAAAAAAAAAAAAAAAAAAAUGCCAGGGAUUCACUGAGUAUCUAUGGAUGAUCCAAGCAGAGGUUCUUUUAUGUCUUGGGUCCUCAUUGGCCUUGAAGGGCUGGGACCAAAAUAUUGAGUAUCCUCUUAGCCUAUCUGUCUCUCUAAUUUUUGGUCUCUAACUUCAGCUGUUGAACAUCCAGAAGAAAAUAUUGAUAACAAUACAGUGUAUUAGAGGCAGUAAGUUUAACAUUGCUAUCUUAGCUAAAUAUGAAACACAUUAGAAUAUUAAAUGAAACUUAUUUUCUAUUAUCCAUGGAUAUUUUAACAUUUAGAUACCUAUAGAAUAUUAAUAGUUACAUAUUUUACAUAGAAAAUUAGAAAGCAAACCAUAUACAACAUUACCGCUUGACAGUUAUGACACUUUUGUAACUAUCUGAAUUUUUGGUUUGACCACAAAUCUCUGCAUGAAUACAUUAAUAUACCACAAGGUUAAUAACAAUCUGUCAUAGCCAUAUGAAACCUUUGCACAGACAUUUUAAAAUCAAUAAACUUACUGUUUUAUUUUUUGAUGACCAAUGUGAACAUAUUACAAUAAUAUAUUUUGUCUAACUUUGUCAAGGUAUUUCCAUAAGACUAUGAAGAUCACUGGGGCCUCCAAUCAAUAAACGAGAACUGGCUACAAAUGUUA